AUGGGCUCUCUUCGCAAGGUUGGUGACAUCGAAGUCCUGCACGUCAAAUCGACGCCAGUCGGCAUAGCAGAGAAACCCACCAGUCAAUAUAACGGCUUUUCGCCCUCCAAAAUACUCCUUCCGAGGGGUCACAAGUUGACGGAUUCCAAUCGAUCCUUUCCAGUGGACACCAUAUGGGAGAGAGAUAUUGCGAUUACAAUGCGAGAUGGAGUGAAGCUUUAUGCAGAUGUUUUCCGGCCUUCCAACGAAAGUCUUAGAGUACCGGCUAUCAUGGUAUGGAGUCCAUACGGUAAAACUGGCACUGGGUACUUUUCACUCGACAAUAUCCCAUGUCGGGUUGGAGUUCCUAAAGCAAACCUCUCUGGAUACGAGAAAUUCGAAGGUCCUGAUCCCGCCGAGUGGAUCCAGCACGACUAUGCCAUUGUGAAUGUGGAUCCACGUGGUGUGUUCGCGUCAGAAGGCGACAUUUGCUUUUUUGGGACUGCUGAGGGCAGGGAUGGCUUCGACACUAUUGAGCAUCUUGCGAAGUUGCGAUGGUGCAAUGGAAAGGUCGCAACAAUGGGGAACUCCUGGCUUGCCAGUGCUCAGUGGUUCAUCGCCGCCGAACGGCCGCCAUCAUUGGCUUGCAUGUUGCCACUGGAGGGGCUCAGCGACUUUUACCGAGAAAACUUUUGUCGUGGCGGUGUUCCAAAUUCCACCUUUUUCGGUCCAUACAUGUUCAGGAGGCUUUUCGGUAACAGCAAAACAGAAGAUGUCGCAUCUAUGCUGAAACUGUAUCCCUUCAUGAAUGGUUAUUGGUUAGACAAGCGGGCUAAGAUUGAAGAAAUCAGGACUCCAGCCUACGUCCUUGCCAGUAUGUCCACCUGUUUACAUACUGUCGGAUCGCUCAGGGGGUUUGAGGAAAUCCCACACGAAAAGAAGUGGCUUAGACUCCAUCCCACCCAAGAAUGGCAUGACUUAUAUAAGCCAGAAAGCAACGCAGAUUUCAAGAAGUUUCUUGACUUCUACACCAAAGGAAUAGAGAAUGACUGGGAGUCAACGGCUAAAGCUAGGAUUUCUGUGUUGCGAUAUAACGAACCACCACUGUACAAUCUCUCUUUCUCGACUUGGCCCAUCCCAGAGACACAGUGGCGGUCUCUCAGGCUCUCCUCGAAUUGGAAGCUUACCGAAGACAGCCCAGACAGUGGCAAGGCAAGCUAUCAAGCCGACAUAGUAGGCCAACAGGACGGCAAAGACCAAGAAGAGCUUUCAUUCACAUUUACAUUCCCGGAAAGGUGUACUCUCAUUGGGCCUGCCAGGGCAACUCUCUAUGUUUCAUGCGCUGAACAUGACGAGAUGGAUGUCUUUGUGCAAAUCAGAAAGGCCGACAAGGAUGGCAAUGUCUUGAGCAACUCCAAUAUCCCACUACACGAGCUUGGCAAGUCAUCGUUGGACGAAGUACCGGAAAUCAACGUCUUGAAGUACUUAGGACCGACGGGAGUGCUGAGGGCAAGUCACCGGGCCAUAGACCCUUCGCUGACGAAGCCGCACUGGACAGCGCACGAUCACACAAAAGAGGCGAAGAUCACCCCUGGCGAGAUCGUCAAGCUUGAUAUUGGUAUUUGGCCAGCUUCGAUACAGUGGAGCGCAGGAGAAAGAUUGGUUUUCAAAGUAGCAGGGCACUCAAUGACUCUGGCCGAGUUUCCAGUCCUGCAGGGAACGUAUACCACAGCGAACAAAGGAAAGCACACUUUGUAUUUCGGAGAGGAAUACAAAAGCAGCCUUCAGAUUCCGGUCGUUAUAAUUUAG